AUGGAACGGAACGGAACACGGGUGCUGAGUCUUGGUGGCUUCAUAGACAUAGACAAGUACAGAUAUGUUUACUUUGUGUUUUUGGUGGCAGUCUACAUUCUCAUCAUAUGCUCUAAUUUUAUCAUUAUUUAUGUCAUCAGGAUUCACCGGAACCUUCAUGAACCAAUGUACAUUUUCAUUGCAGCUUUGUCUCUCAACUCACUUUUCAUCAGCACUACUAUCUACCCUAAACUCAUUGUGGAUGUCUUGUCUCAUCAGCAGAGCGCUUUUUACUCCGUGUGUUUGUUACAGGUUCAGAUUUUCUACAGUUUGGCUGCCGCUGAUUUAAUGUUGUUGUCAGAAAUGGCUUAUGACAGAUACGUGUCCAUCUGUAAGCCACUGCAAUACGCAUCCCUAAUGAGUAAAACCCGUGUCUGCAUUUUCUUGGCUUUGGCCUGGUUUCUGCCUGCCUGUCAUGUGUCGGUGUCAGUGAUUAUUCAGUCCAAACAAGAACUUUGUAGUUUCAUUUUAGGGGGGAUUUUUUGCAAUACUACAAUUGUUAAGAUUCACUGCACGACGCCGACAUCUCUGAUGGUGUGGGGUUUUAUUGUUAUAAUGGACAUGGCUCUCGUACCCGUGCUGUUUAUCCUCUUCACGUAUAUAAAGAUAUUCACAGUGGCGUUUCGCAGCCAAGGAGAAAUUCGGACAAAAGCCAUCGAUACGUGUUUACCCCACUUGAUUGUUUUAAUCCUCUUCGCCUGUUUGAUUGUCUUUGAUGUCAUGAUAGGAAUUUUGGAGACGGAGCUUCCAAAACUUUUGCGACUGAUCAUGACUCUGCUUAUAUUAGUGUGCAGUCCAAUGUUUAAUCCGAUUAUAUACGGUUUAAAGAUGAAAGAAAUCUUGAAACACAUCAAGAAAUUGUUGUCGUGUUGCAAUCAUGUUGAAAUGAUCCAAAAAUAG